GAGCGGAAGAAGAAGACACUGCGCACCAUCGCUGUCACACAGCACGUCGUCCGUCCGUUGCACCCUUCCUCAACCGCGCACAUCGUCAUCAUCAACCACGCACAACCACCACGAACUGUAAAGGCGAAGUCAACAGCCAGUUCGAUUGCCAAUGUCGUCCUCGCCCUCACCGGCGCAGUCGCCGCCUUGGUGGGUGCUGGACAACGGAUCGGGCACGCUGAAGGCCAGCGUUGUUCAUCAAAGCCCGCAAGCAAACAGCCCCAACUCGAACACCGCGGUGACACUGGAGAAUGCCGUCCUGGCCGGGAGUGGUGGACGGCGCCAAGGGUUCAGCGAUGACUUUGAGGACUUGUCUCGUCUGUACUGGAGUCGCCCUUGUGAACAAGAGUUUGUCACGGAUCAUGCACAAGAGGCACACAUCUGGCGACACCUUCAACAUAAGCUUCAGGUACCUGAAGCAGCGGCGAUGCUCUGCUCCUCAGCGCUGACUUCUUUUGCGCCAGUUAACGAUGGACUCGCCGAGAUUGCGUUUGAAGAGCUGGGCUGUUCUUCGUUCUGUCUCCUCGAAGCACCGGCGCUGGCAUCAUACGCUCUGCCGGGCGACUGCCAGCUCAUUGUCGAUUCUGGGUUUUCGUCCACGCGCGUGUGCGCUGUUCAUCGCCAUUGCGUGGUGCCUGGAUCCGUUGUCCGCAUGCCAGUUGGUGGGCGUGUCAUCACAAACUACUUGAAGGACCUUGUGUCGUAUCGCCACGUAAACGUCUCGGACCAACAACAACUCGUCGAAGAAUUGAAGCUGCACACGCUGCGGAUUGUGGACAAUUUCGCCGCCUCCCUCACACAAGCCAAGCGCAAAACGCCAAAGGACAACCCUUUUAUGCUGGAUUAUUUGUUACCGGAUUACGCAGGGCGCAUGCAUGGACAUGUUUUGCCGCGCGAGGACAUGAAGCCUGUUCUUCCAAAGCCAACGGUGGGACGACAAGUCAUCCGCCUUACCAACGAGACAUUCUCUCCCGGCGAGCUGUUUUUCCACCCAAACGACAUCGGCAUCGACUCUGUGGGCGUGCAGGAGUGCAUCGCCGCCUCACUUCAGCGCUGCCCAGAAUGGUUACAGCCGUCCCUCGUGCAAAGCAUUGUGCUGAUUGGCGGGAAUGCCAACAUUCCAGGAUUUCGUCGCCGCCUAGAGGCUGAGCUGCGGUCCUGUCUACCCCAAGACCUGGGCGCAGCACACAUCACACUGCCAAACGAUCCACAGCAUGCAGUGUGGAGAGGUGGUUGUGCCCUUGCCGCUGAUACGGAAGCCAUCUCCGCCCUGGCCGUCUCUCGCGCCACAUUCGCCGAACACGGCACACUUUCACCACCAGACACCAGUUAGCCGACGUCCUCUCACAAGCAUGACGUCAAAUAAUUAACAGCAGUAAACGCCUCACCUGU